AAGCUCUGGGGCGAUGGAAGACGAGGCCUCCGUCAAGGCGCUCGUGAACGAUGCGGCUUUCAAGCGCGGGAAAGAGCUGAUCAAGGCCAAGAAGCUCCACGAGGUGGAAUUUGUAGGGGAGGAUUGCGAGAAGGCGUCGGCUGUCUGUGAAGGCUCCGGUCCAGGGGAUAGCUACGAUGUGAGCAUUAGCAUCGAUCCAUCAGAUGCAACCAAGCAACCCACGUAUCGCUGCUCCUGUCCAGCUGGAAGGGGAAUGUGUAAGCACGUCAUAGCUUUGCUACUUCACCGCGCAAAUCACCUCCAUUGCUUGAAAAACGGUGCUUCGUCUAGCGAGAUCAAAGAGGAGGAAGAGGAGGAUCUAGAGCCACUACCUACGAUCGAAUGGGUGAGAAAUCCAGUGAAGCUAACUCCGGAUCCGGGGGCACGGCGAGCUCUGCCGGCAUGGAUGACUGCUGCCGCCGUCGAAAAGCCGAAGAAGGCGCGAGCAUCAAAGAGGCAAAAGGUGGAAGAGGAGGAUGGCGACGAUCCCCAGACUUCCGCCGGGAGAAAAGCUCCCGCUGCCAGGAAAGCCAAGAGUUCCAAAGGCAAGCAAAAAGUUGACGACGCGGAGGAAGAAGUUAUAGAUGACGAGGAGCCAGUGAAGCCUGCUAAGAAAGCAACCGCUCGUCAAACCAGGAACAGGGGAGAUGAUAGCGACCAAGGCAAAGACAAACCCGCGAACAAAGCAGCUGACGAAGCUCCAGGUGCAGGUGCUGUUAAAGCAGCGCAGCGGAGAUCGAGAAAAGCCGAGAGUGACGAGGCUUUGCCAGAAAAUACCAGCGGUGGGGUGGACAUGAAGGGAGCUUUCGAGGCUUUUUGCAAGCGAGCUCCGGCCCCCGAGGUGGGAAAGGACCAGGCCACCAAGAAAAGCAAGCGGAAACUAAAAAAAGUCGUGGAGGACGAGGAGACUACAGACCGGACACUGGACGAACUUAUGUGCAUAGCUCAUCAGAAUCUUGACCACGAGGACAGCCCUGAGGCUAUCCUCACGAACAAUGUGGAAGACAAACAGGACAGCCCCAAGCCAUUAGCCGCCGGCAACGUGAACGGAACUUCCACCCAGCCAGCAAAGAAAAAAGCGAAGCUGAACGAUUCCAUGUUUGCUUUGAGCGGGUGGAAAAGCAAGUCAGCUGCUACUGCAGCAGAGAAUGAGUCGGGAAGCUCGAGCAGUAAAGCACCGACCAGGGAAAGCUACGAGCAUGAAAGAGUCAGCACUGUUGGAAGGGAUGAGGCCGGGUUCGCGGGAAGCGAUCGAGCUCAAGAGGAGCAAACUGUUUCAGGUGCUGCGAGGCUCGUGUCAACUGACACUCUCGAGGAUGAGAUGCUCGGGAUGCUCUUUGGAGGCUACGUCCCAAAGAAGGCUCCGGCUUCCCCUCAAGCGAUGGAAGCUAACUUGCAAAGGCCCGAGCCAGAAGUAGUUCCAAGGCCAGCAAUAGUUCCAAGGGAUGUGAUGGAAGCACCGGUGAGAGUGGCAGUCGAGGCACCACAGUCAAUCGAGGAAACAAGGUCCAUCCAGCCAAAACCAAAGAAGAAGAGCAGUCUAAAGGAUCAAAUCGGCAUGCUACUCAAGUAAAUCCGCUACAGUUUUUGUUUUCCUUUCACUUGGCACUGACCACUGAGAGAAAGAUUCCGGAAAUUGAGAUGAUUGUGGAGAUUUAUAAAAGAGAGAAGGGAUGCUCUUGAAAGAUUGCGUGAUUAUGGAUGUUUCUCACGAGAAAAUUAAAGAGAGGUACUUGUUAAUAUUGCUUUUUAUUAUCCGAGUUGUUGCCGCGUCCCUCGUCUAUUCGAUGAAGAUCACACAAUAUAAAUGGACGAGACAAGGACAACACACUGAUGAAUGAGCUGAGACGAGCUCUAAUGUUAUGACAUGAAAAAUAUAAAAAAUUAUAUAUACAAGGCGAAAAAUAUAUACAUCUUCGCGUGCUUU